AACGGAUGAAAAAUGGGGACAAAAGGCGCUUAUCUAUAGAGAUACGGUAGAAGCACAGCAUGGUCAACGGUUUUACGAAACAUUCAGACCAGGAGACAGUUUCGAAUGGCGAUACGGAAUAAGACUCAUUCACGAAGAGAGAAGACAUAAUGAAAUGGAAGGAGGGCUAAUCUUUUGAUGAAGUGACACCUAAAGAACGGCUGUGACUUGAUCUGAUGGCAGAAGAACGGACGCAACAUUUUCUUGAUUGAUGCCGGACUCAAAAUUUCCUCGGAAAUCAGCAUGAAUCACAGUUGGGCUCCUAAUGUCUGGGUGAAAGUAAACAGAGUGACUCAUAAACUGCCACCUUUUGCUCACCGGGCAGCUGGAUCAUUUUUCAUAGUACCGGGCGUUGAUGUUCCCCACAGUGCUGGUUAUCUGAGCUUCAGGCACUUUCAUCACUCCAGGGUCAGGAACAGAAGAGGAUGGAUUUGUAGAGCUAACCACGUCAAGCAACGCGUUGGACUCCACACCAGUUGUUUGUGUUUGAACGCUUCAACCUCAAAGUGGUCAGCUGGUCUCAGUCAACAUAUGUCUCGCUUUAGAAGUACAGUGGACUCUUUGUCCAAGGCUGUGAGCGGGACUCAAGCUGACCUUCUGUCCAUCAUGUCCCGCAUCAAAUCUAAAGGUUCAAAUGAAGCCCCAGCUAAAAGCCUGACAGGUAGUGAAUCUACACCUCCCUCCACUGAUGGUGCCCUUCCCUCUAAAGCAACCACAGCACCAACUCCCCCAGAUCUAUCUUCAGCCAGCGUUUCCACAUCGGUUGCUCCAGUUGAUGUGAAGGCCACUACCUCUACUCAUCCUCAUACAUCUACUCAAGUCACUGUCACUGCUGCCAUUGUAACUGUCUCCGAUGCUCAUGAGAAAAAGCUGAGACGCACAGUCUCCGUUGUCAAAGCUAGUUGUGCCAAGAAGCUCAUCGCGCCUUCUCCACUACUAAACCACACAGAGAGCGGAAGCAGAGCUCCCAAAGAAGCCCCAGCACUUUUCCAUCCCAGCACUUUCCCUGUCAGCCUCGAUGAAACGUACACCUACCUUGCUCACCACAUCAACACAUACUUUGGGAGCGACACAAAGACUCAGGAUCAGAUAAAGGACAUUAAAGAAGGCUUCCCAUCUCUCCCCCAGGAUCAACAAACUUCAAACCUCGCCCAGAUUUCUAAUAAACCCGCUCCAACUGCUCGCCCCACACCUCCGUCCUCCAAAAAGAGCUUCGGACAAUACCUGUCAUCCUCAGCCCCCACCGUUCAGGCAUUUGUCGGCAGCUACAUCGCUCCUUUUGUUCCUAAGUUUCGGACAAGAGAAGCCAAAAGUUCUGCAAGCGAGGAGAUGAAGCAUGAGGCUCUUCAAGUGAAACCGAUCGAGGCAACCGUUAACAAGGAGCAGAUGGGAGCAGAGGAAAAGGCCAAAAAACUUCAGCUUCAGCGGGAAAAGAUUAUUGCCAGGGUGAGCGUGGACAACCGAACGCGGGCUUUGGUCCAGGCCCUCUACAGAGCAUCUGAUGUUCGAGUUUACAUCAGCAGGGUGGAGGAUUUAAGUUACCACCUCCUGGAGUUUCCAGACACUCGUAUUGUUGCAGUAAAGGAGAAAGCGAUUCCUUGCCUCCUGCGUUUAAUGCAGGCCAACGACGCAGGCUUAAGAGCAGCAGUCAGAGAAGCUCUGGCGCUAAUUGGCUAUCAGAAACCGGUUCGGGGACGAGGCAUCCGCGUCUUGUCCAUCGAUGGAGGAGGUUUAAGGGGACUUCUUGCUCUUCAGACUUUGCACAGAUUGGAAGCACUUACUGGCAAACCCAUUUACAAGCUGUUUGACUACAUUUGUGGCGUCAGCACAGGCGCCAUCCUGGGCUUCAUGCUCGGCGUGCAUCAAAUCCCCGUGAAGGACUGCGAUGAGAUUUACAGGAAGCUGGGAUCGGACGUGUUCAAGCAAAACGUGAUUGUCGGGACGAUGAAGAUGAGCUGGAGCCACGCUUUUUAUGACAGCGAAGCAUGGGAGAACAUCCUCAAAGAAAAAAUGGGGUCUUGCCUCUUGGUGGAAACUUCAAGAAAUCCAGAAUGCCCCAAGGUGGCAGCGGUGAGCACCAUUGUGAACAGGGGUCUUCCUCUAAAGGCCUAUGUGUUCAGGAACUACAACCUGCUGCCAGGGGUGCGCUCGCAUUACCUGGGGGGCUGCCAGCACCAGCUAUGGCAGGCCACCCGAGCAUCAUCUGCAGCCCCUGGCUAUUUCCAGGAGUUCACAUUAGGGGGCGAUCUGCACCAGGACGGAGGCCUGCUGAUCAACAACCCCACGGCCCUUGCUAUCCAUGAGUGCAAAUGCCUGUGGCCCGACACGCCCGUGGAGUGUGUGGUCUCUCUCGGCACGGGCCGCUUCGAAACCCCCGGGAAGAACAAUGCCACAUACACCAGUCUGAAAACCAAACUCACCAACGUAAUCAGCAGUGCCACAGACACAGAGGAGGUUCACGCCAUGCUGGACGCCUUCCUUCCUCCCAACACCUACUUCCGCUUCAACCCAUUCCUUAACGAAGACAUCUCCAUGGAUGAGAGCCGCCAUGAGAAGCUGAACCUACUCCAGGCAGAGGGCCUCCGGUAUUUGGAGAGAAACGAAGAAAAGAUUAAAAAGGUUGCAGCCAUUCUCACGCGAGAGAAAACCGCUAUCCAGAGGAUGACUGAGUGGGCCAGACUUAAGGCUGACAUGUACCAGCAUCUGCCUUUCAAGGCAUAGAUCCACACAAGUUCCCAUUUUACAGCAAAAUCGUUCACUAUGUGUGAAUAUAAAAUAAUAAAAUAAUACUUUGUUUUACUACAGGCUAGAGAAACACUGUAUGAAGGCACUAAUCAAACCACUUGAUUUUUAGUUCUACUUGGAUACUUUAUUUUGAAAGUAACAUCGGUUUUAGGAAGUUGUAAGUUUUACCUCAAACAUUUUAGGUAAUGAUCUGAUUAUUCUUGAUAUUUAUUAAUACUCUUGAAGAAUUUUACCAACAAAUGUUAAUUUACCUUAAAUACUGGCUAUACAUUAUAUUAAGAGAGACAAAAACUAUGAGCAUUUUUGGUUUAUGUGCUGAUAUUCCCUACAAGUUCAGGCUCUGCCUCCUCAGUAAAGUAACUACCGGUAGAUGUUUUAAAAAUCUUUAUCAUUACUUUACUGAUGAGUUUAACUGCUGUUGAGAAGUAUACUUUUUCUUCUCGCAAAUUCUUUUUUUCAAAAUAAAACACUUUUAAAUGUUUAACUUUGCUUUCAAAGGUUGUAAAAUCCUCACAAACCUGUUUGUCCCAUUUUUCACACCUAUGUGUAGAUAGACUAUAAAAUGAAGUGUAAAAAGUGACUUUCAGUUUGUAACACUGGAAAACAGAAAAAUUAACAAUGUUAAUGGUUAAAGAUAAAUUAUUUAUGAUUUUUUUACGAAAGUGUAUACAAUAAAGAUGCAGCUAACCAUAAACUUUGUUUAAAGCGUUUGUGGUUGUAGUAUUACAUAUACUAUAACUUUCAUUUAAAAGAAGAAUCGCAGUGGUGAGACCGUCCAGAGGAUGUUUGGUUGUUUUAACUCUCCGGCAUUUAGAGCUCAGUUGUUUGAGCCGUUUGUGUGUUCUCGUUGAUGUUGCCUGGUGGAUUCCCUGCAGGCUCCUCACUUGUUCUAUUCUGCACCUUCAGCAUGCACCCCCCAUGCACCCAUUCCCUUUGAUGCCUUUUCACAAAAGCUUCUCCGUCUACCUUGAAGUCUUGUGUUUGUGUCCUUGAACUAUGAUGUGUUCCGUUAUCACGUUGGAUUUAUUUUAAAGGAUGUUUUUUUAAAUUGUUUAAAGUUGUUGCAGGACUUUCAAUAGUGAAAAAGUAGCAUUGAUUUCCUGCUCCAUGCUUUUGAUGAAAGUAUACUGGAAAUAUGCUUUUUCCAGGCUUUAAAGUACUGUUUAACACAAUGUCAGUCACUCAUGAGGGACCUGCAAAAAGGCAAUUGCAGAAAUCAUCUAAAUUCAUGGAAUUUCCCUUUUUUUUUUCUUGUUGGCUUUGUGUCAAAACGGUUUAAGAAUGUAAUUAAACCCAUCACUCAACCCUA